UUGAGGUCUUGAGGGCGCUAUUACAUACUCCGAUUGAAUACAGCUGGGCUGGGCUAGAAUUUCAGGGCCUCGGAAACUCAGCUGAUUGACGCAUCACCAGCCGAGUUCAGCAUGUCAUAAUGCCAGGGAGACAUCGACAAACGAAUCGGAACAAGAAAUCACCGCCCCACAACAGAGACUCAAAGGACAGAUUUAGUGGGAGCAACUCCGAUGGUUGGCAGAGGUCAAAGUUGAAAGGUCGCAACUGUCGAACCACUUUGCUAUUCUCCCAUGAGAAAGAUGUAACGAUUGACGCGUAUGCCGAUAACGCCAGCAGUCAAGCAUUGGCAUCUCGAACCAGUAAGGCCACUGCAAUUUCCGUCAACAAAGAAUUCAAACAGAUCGAGAGUGCCAGCGCGAUCCUGGCAGCGAAGGCGGAGGAAGAAAUUGUGGAUGAUUGGUACGAGAGGGCAUUCUCCGAUGAGGAGGAUGCUAGGAGCGGAGAUGUUGUAGAUCUAGGAGACGAGGCAAGGGGCGAGGGUGCUGAGAUGGAGAUUACGAUCCAGGAGCCAAAUCUGCCAGAGCUGGAAAAUGGUCACACAGUUCCGCUGGAAAAAGGCAAGACGUUGACCCCUAGCUACACCGGCACCCACGUCUAUCCUUCUGUCAUCUGGUACCUCGUCUCGCCCUUCAUUUAUCCCGAGGACGUUGCGACAUUCGCCUGUCUAUGCCGAGACACGUACGCACUGACUAACACGGCAGCUUUCUGGAGAAAACUAUACUUCAGAUAUUACAGCACAAAGGCAGCUUCCAAUCUUCCAAAAGAGCUCUACCCAACCAGCAUCGAGCGUACCUUCGGUCUCCGCUCGUUGGUCAUACGCGCCCUUCAGUUCCUCUACCCACCCUUUGUGAGACGCAGCGCCACCAAGGUGACCGGCCUGUUCAGCAGCAACAGUCUUGAGACGCUGGAAGGCCGGAUUUUCAUGUACCACGUCAGCAAGCGCAAAGCAGGGAACCAUAUCUAUUACCUGAAGUUCCAACAAAGUGGGUUGAUCAACAGUGCGUCGCCGAAUGUUUUUGAUCCGGAUAUCCAAUUUAACAACCACUGCGGCCAGUGCAUACUGAUGGCCAAAUGCAAGCAGUCUCACCACCUGGAACCAGAGAGGAUUAUGGGUAAAGAACUCACGCACGCCUCCGUACAACUCGGUUCCGGCAUGUCGUACAGCCGGCUGAAACUGGAGUUCGAGGAACCGUCGAUUGGGCGGGGACGACCGAAAAAUCGCAGAUAUUCGGAUCGGAGGCGCGAAAAGACAUGCGUGGUGCUGGACCCUGUCGUCUGCGUGCGGGUUUUCCACUGGUGGCACCCGCAUUUCCACGAGGAGUUCCGGACAUGUGAGGGCGCUGUUUCCACAUACAACAUGAACAUUUGGAACGGGAGAUAGGAGCCAAAGGCUUGCAGAAGGAAGCAGUGAUCGUUGCCUUAGUUGUUCUUUUUACGAACUGUUAUUUUUUUUUAAUUUGGCCAAAAUGCCCGAGAGUUCUUAUCACGGCACAAUGCAUCCAGUUUUGUCAAGUGACAGUCUUGGUACCAAACACUGACUAGUCUAGUCACAGACUCCUGCCCUAGGAAUUACCCAUUUUUAAUUUUAUAAAUAGUCAUCGAAUCACAAUAUUUUCCAGUAUGUUGUAAAUUGUAAUGCUUUUUUUCCCCUUCGUAGUACCCAUCUAUUGCCUUUGAUUGGAUGGGCCCAGUCAGGACUCAAAAUAAAUGAAGCAAAUAGGACGUUACACGCUGUAGAUCCUA